GUUCUCUUGUAUCAACCCCACAAGCCUUUGGCACAAUGAAGUGGGUAACUUUUAUUUCCCUACUCUUUCUCUUUAGCUCUGCUUAUUCCAGGGGCGUGAUUCGUCGAGAAGCACAACAGAGUGAGAUUGCUCAUCGGUACAAUGAUUUGGGAGAAGAACAUUUCAGAGGCCUGGUGCUGGUUGCCUUUUCUCAGUAUCUCCAGCAGUGCCCAUUUGAAGAUCAUGUGAAAUUAGCGAAGGAAGUGACUGAGUUUGCAAAAGGUUGUGCUGCUGACCAGUCAGGGGCCGACUGUGGCAAAUCCCUUCACACGCUCUUCGGAGACAAACUGUGUACAGUCGCCUCUCUUCGCGAAAAGUAUGGCGAGCUGGCUGACUGCUGUGAGAAACAGGAUCCUGAAAGAAAUGAGUGCUUCCUGACUCACAAAGACGAUAACCCCGGCUUCCCUCCCCUGGUGACCCCGGCGCCGGACGCCAUGUGCGCCGCCUUUCAGGAAAGUGAACAGAAGUUUCUGGGAAAAUACCUGUAUGAAGUUGCCAGAAGACAUCCUUACUUUUAUGCCCCAGAACUCCUUUACUAUGCUCAGCAAUAUAAACAAGUUUUUGCAGAAUGCUGCCAAGCUGCUGAUAAGGCUGCCUGCCUGACACCCAAGAUUGAUGCUUUGAGGGAAAAAGUACUGGUUUCAUCUGCCAAAGAAAGAUUCAAGUGUGCCAGCCUCCAGAAAUUCGGAGAUAGAGCCUUCAAAGCAUGGUCGAUAGCUCGCAUGAGCCAGAAAUUCCCCAAAGCUGACUUUGCAGAAGUUUCCAAGUUGGUGACAGAUCUUACCAAAAUCCACAAGGAAUGCUGCCACGGUGACCUGCUUGAAUGUGCAGAUGACAGGGCGGAUCUGGCCAAGUAUAUGUGUGAGAAUCAGGAUUCAAUCUCUAGUAAAAUGAAGGAAUGCUGCGAUAAGCCUUUGUUGGAAAAAUCUCACUGCCUCACUGAGGUGGAAAGAGAUGAGUUGCCCGGUGACCUGUCCCCGAUAGCUGCUGACUUUGUUGAAGAUAAGGAGGUUUGCAAAAACUAUCAGGAGGCAAAAGAUGUGUUCCUGGGCACGUUUUUGUAUGAAUACUCAAGAAGGCAUCCUGAGUACGCUAUCUCUUUGCUGUUGAGACUUGCCAAGGAAUAUGAAGCCACUCUGGAGAAGUGUUGUGCCACCGAUGAUCCUCCUACUUGCUAUGGCAAAGUGCUUGAUGAAUUUAAACCUCUUGUGGAAGAGCCUCAGAAUUUAGUCAAAACAAACUGUGAACUUUUUGAAAAACUUGGAGAGUAUGGCUUCCAAAAUGCGCUCUUAGUUCGUUACACCAAGAAAGUACCCCAAGUGUCAACUCCAACUCUCGUGGAGGUCUCAAGAAAACUAGGAAAAGUGGGCACCAGGUGUUGUAAGAAACCUGACGCAGAAAGAAUGCCCUGUGCUGAAGACUAUCUGUCCGUGGUCCUGAACCGGUUGUGCGUGUUGCACGAGAAGACCCCAGUGAGUGAGAGAGUCACCAAAUGCUGCACAGAAUCCUUGGUGAACAGACGACCAUGCUUUUCUGCCCUGGAAAUUGAUGAGGCAUAUGUUCCCAAAGAGUUUAACGCUGAAACAUUCACCUUCCAUGCAGACUUAUGCACACUUCCUGAGGCUGAGAAACAAGUCAAGAAACAAUCUGCACUUGUUGAGCUGUUGAAACACAAGCCCAAAGCAACUGAGGAACAACUGAAAACUGUUAUGGGGGAUUUUGGAGCCUUUGUAGAGAAGUGCUGUGCAGCUGAAAACAAAGAGACCUGCUUUGCCGAGGAGGGUCCAAAACUUGUUGCCGCAGCUCAAGCUGCCUUAGCCUAAAAGAACACCAUCACAAGCAUCUCAGCCUGCCCUGAGAAUAAGAGAAAGAAAGAGAAAUGAAGACCUAGAGCUUAUUCAUCUGUUUUUCUUUUCUGUUGGUGUAAAACCAACCCUCUGUCUAAAGAACACAAAUUUCUUUAAACGUUUUGCCUCUUUUCUCUGUGCUGUAAUUAAUAAAAAAUGAAAAGAAUCUAACAUUAUUGUCCAGGACUGUUAUUUUUCACAGAUGUAUUGCCAUCCUGGAAAUUUUGUAGGUUUUGUGAAUGUCCCACUGUUCUCUCUUUUCCCACUUCAGUCUAGUUCUUUAGGGACUGGCUGAUUAAAAGAAACAUUAAUGAUCUUCUGAGUUAUGGAUCAUAAACAUGCAAAGGAAUAUUUUAACAUUAUCAUAAUUCUGAUAAAAGAAUGAAAACUGGUAUAGGCUUUUCCUUACUAAGGACUAAGAAAUGUGAGGGACAAAGAAGAUAGAGAUGAUUGCAAGGAUGGUUAAUUGAACUGGAAAAAAAACACUGAGCCUCAAAAAAAUGUAAGGAAGUUUAGGAUGGCAAUACAUGAACAGUGUAAGAAGCUUAACCAGGUUGGAGAAGCCUUGUUGGAGGAGGGAAUCAGGAGAUCUGGACGAAGGUACAAUAGAGAGUGAGAAAGAUGUAGAAGACUGAGGGAGCUCAAGAGUUGGCACGUAAAAUGUUCUUGUAAGAACUGAGAUGUUACACUCAAAACUGAGCCUCUUGUCCCUGUUCCCAGAGGUAACCACUGAUAUCAGACAAUUAUCUAUGUAUUUACAUACCUAAAGUCA